AGCUGCUCCGGAUAGAAAUUUUUCCCUUCAAAGAAGGACGUAUAUCGCAAUGUUUGAAUAUGUAUGGUGGGAGUUUCGCCUCGAGAUUGAAAAGAUUGUGGCUGAUGCCCAAGGAGAUUGGAACAGUUUCAAGAAAGAAAUGCAGAGAAAGUACAAGCUGGGAGAUGGGUUAUUGACAAUUGACCAGCUUCACAACAUCAACAGGAAUGAUUUCACUACAAUAGGAGUUUUUGCAACAGCCUUUGAGAAAAUGGCAGAGCGAGUUCCGGGACUUUCCGAGGAAAUGCAGUGUGUUAUCUUCCUGGGAAAAAUUUCGGGCUAUGAGACUAUGGAAUUGACCCGGGGAGGUGCAUCAGGACGAAAGACGUCAUGGGAGACAAUAAAGAGAAACUUAGCAUCUAGGGACUUAGACCAGGUGUUCCGUCACCAAGUGAAGAUGGAAAGGAAGAAAAGAAAGGAGAUAGGUGUCAUCCAAGGGGCCGACUCUGCCCUAGGAGGAGUACUGAGUAGUAUGGAAACUCAACUGAAAGAGUUGAAGGAUAAGGUGGAAUCUGGAAAAGUGAUGGCGGUCGGACAAACGUCGAAUAAAAUGAGGGAAGGACAACAGAGGUUGCGGCAGGUGACAAAGGAUUUUGAUGGGAUGCCAGUGUACAAGAAAGAGGACACUUUCAGAAUGUUCCUGAGGGAGUUUGAAGAGUAUGCCUUCAGGAGGGAAUGGGAUACUCAACUCAUGUUACUUAAAGUAACAGGGUUGGGAGAAUGCAACAAGGAGAUGGAUGAGAUUGUCUCAGAUUGUCUGGGAUGGAUGACCUUCAAAGCUGAAAUGUGGGCUAAAUAUGGGGAUUUGACAAAGGAUGAGAUCGAAGAUGACAUCAUCUUCGAUGGUACGAAUUUGGAAGACUUUGAAGACAGUAUCGAUCUUUUUGCAGAGAAAAGGAGAUGGGGAGAAAAUAAGAAGUUAGAACAGUUGAUGACAAGAAUAGCACCGAGGGAAUCUGAAGUAGUGAGAAAGGUCAGAGGACGAAUGAAGGAGACGAGACAUCUCCUCAACAAAGGGAUGAUAAGGCAAGGACUCAAGAUGGAAGUGGCUCAGUGAAGGAGGCUAAAUCGCAAGGAAGGGGGAAAUGCGUUGAGAAGGAAGUGGAAGGUAGUGACAUGUCUCGAAAGGAGAAGAAGGGAAGUGAGAAGGUGAAGGAAGGGAAAGAAAAGAAAAAGGAUGAGGAGAAAGUUGAAGAGGCAGGACCAUCAGGAAAUGCUAAAGCAACUACUUCAGAAGAACCUCCAAAGGAAUAGGGAUGGAGGAGAUUGACAGAUGAAGAGAGGCAAAAGAGAAAACAAAGCAACCAAGAGUGA